AUGGCAGAUAGAGCAUUACAACCUGCGAUACUAAUCGUAUCAGACACUGCAUCUCAGGAUCCAUCGACGGACAGGGUUGUCGAUGCCCUAACACCCUUAUUACUAGCUACAGACCAGAGUCCUUGGAAAACACCGUUUGCCAGUAUAGUUCCCGAUAAUGUACUCGAUAUACAAACGAGCAUAUGUAACUGGACAGACGGACAAGACGCCGUUAACCUAGUCCUCCUGAGUGGUGGCACGGGGUUUACGACUCGAGAUAAUACGCCAGAGGCUGUAACUCCUCUUCUUCAUCGCCAUGCUCCUGGACUUGUGCAUGGAAUGCUGGAUGCCUCGUUGAAAGUCACGCCAUUCGCGAUGAUGUCUCGACCCGUCGCAGGAGUCCGGAAUGGGACAGUGAUAGUCACUCUCCCCGGGUCGCCGAAGGGGGCAAAAGAAAACCUCGCAGCCAUUGUAAAACUUCUCCCUCAUGCCUGCGUCCAAGCAGUCGGUGCAAACUCCAGAGUUCUUCACGCUGGCGGCAUGUGGAAAUUAGAAGCAGAAGCCGGCGUCUCCUCGGGAAACAACCAAGAAAGCAGCACCGCGGCGGACACCGAUAACCAUCGACCGCAACUGGGACACAGUGACUGUGGGCAUUCCCGCCAUUGUGGAAAUAAGACAGCAAAGUCAAAUGACACGAACGAGGGACCAAGCCGCCGGAAUCGCCUAUCGCCUUAUCCAAUGUUGUCAGUGGAUGAAGCUCUCUGGCGCAUCAGUCACCAUACACCUGAUCCUGUGGUGGUGGAGGCCCCGAUGACACCUGCGCUGGUUGGAUCAGUAAUCGCUGAGGAUGUCUACGCCGCAGAGGCUGUGCCGGCCUAUCGAGCUAGUACUGUUGAUGGAUAUGCAGUGAUCGCUCCCGACUCAACCGAAAAAGAUAUAAGUUCGACUAGUAAAGGGACUAAGGGGAUCUUUCCUGUCGCCUCCAUCGCGCACGCUAAUGCCAGUGAUACCGCUCCCCCAUUGGAACGAGGCACCAUUUCGCGCAUUACUACCGGUGCACCUCUGCCUCCAAACGCAAAUGCGGUGGUUAUGGUUGAAGACACCGUUCUGCAUUCCUCCACACCAGAUGGUACCGAAGAGGCCACGGUGGAGAUUUUAACGGAUGAUAUCAAGCCAAACGAGAACGUACGACAGCCCGGUAGCGACAUUGAACUGGGUUCGAGGAUCCUUCGAAAGGGAUAUAUCGUCACACCCGUUGGAGGUGAAAUUGGCCUUCUCGCAGCAACCGGGACAAGCACAGUCAAAAUCUAUAAAAAGCCUUGUGUUGGUGUCAUGAGCACCGGAGAUGAAUUAGUCCCACACGAUGACCCCCGGAGGCUUCACGGUGGCCAAAUCCGUGAUUCUAAUCGGCUUUCCCUCCUUUCUUGUCUCUCGUCUUGGGGCUUUCCAACUGUCGACUUGGGAAUCGCUCCUGAUACACCUGCAGGAGAGCUCGAAGAGCGGCUACGUAAUGCAAUCGAGAGGGAGGAAAAUAGUAUUGAUGUGAUCAUUACGACAGGUGGUGUCUCGAUGGGUGAAUUAGACCUCCUCAAGCCGACCAUCGAGCGUUCCCUUGGGGGCACGGUACAUUUUGGCCGAGUCUCCAUGAAGCCCGGGAAGCCAACUACCUUUGCCAGCAUCCCCGUCAAGCGGUCACGCUCCCAAACAGACGAUGCACCAAACACAUGGGGAAAGAAACUCAUCUUCUCAUUACCUGGAAACCCAGCCUCGGCGUUGGUCAGCUUGCACCUGUUCGUGCUACCCUGUCUGCACAAACUUAUGGGGAUGGGUCAGGGAAUACUUUCCUCAGGGUCCGGCCCGACACCAGGACUUCCUGUCGUGACUGUGACCCUGAUGCAUCAGUUGGCAUUGAACCGCGAGCGCACGGAAUAUCACUGCGCUAUUGUCAGGGCAUCUCAAGCAGAUGGACUAUUGUAUGCUUGCAGCACGGGGGUUAGUGCUACAGGACAGCGGAGCUCGAGGGUAGGAAAUCUUGCGUCAGCGAAUGCUCUUUUGGUAUUGAAACCUGGACAAGGGUUUAUUGAGAAGGGCACGCUGGUGGAUGCCUUGAUUAUGGGUCCCAUUCGGUCGGGGGUAUAA